AAUCAGGGAGCAAGGUUAACUUUAUCUUAUCAAAUGUCAAAUUUUGCGGGUUUCUUUCGUUCGUUUUUAGUUGUUGUUUUGACAUUUUGAGGUGUGUUUUGUAUGAAAUGAGCUCUUAAAAAGGAGACGUAACUGUAGCUUUCAUAGUUUUAAAGGAAAUUUGUUUGUGAAUUUGUGAGUUAAUGAAUUUUAACAUCAUGUAUUUAUACAAAGUUGUAAUAUUAGCUGCGAUCCUCGUCGCUGUAAGCUGCCAGUCUUAUAGAGCUGGUAUUGUUAUAUAUAAACCAGUAUCAAUACUUGGCCCAGCUGACACCAAUUUAAAAAUCAACGCGAAUAUAAGUGCAAGAUUGAUAAAGUCCUAUAAAGAUCAGGCGGAUAUAUUUGUCCUUCCGGAAUAUGGUCUCACAAAUAUACCACCUAAAUCACUGACAAGUGUAUAUCAAUACAGUACUACCAUUAAUGAAGUCGGUUAUGAUGUAUGUGGCAGUAAGGAGAAGGUGGAUAUACAGCUAAGGGAUUUAGCAUGUGCUGCUAAAGACAGUAAUGCCUACGUUAUUGCAAAUUUGUUCGAGUCAGUACAAGAUAAUGCGUAUUAUCUAACUACCGUUGGGUUCGACAGAACCGGAACUAUUGUUGUUAAAUGUAGGAAUUACCAUAUUAACAGCACCCAAUUGAAUACUACUACAGAGCAAAACCCAUGUACUUUUACUGCUAACAUAAAUAAUGACAAGGUUAAUUUUGCUAUUUUAUUCGAAAUAGAUAUGAUGUAUCCCAUUCCCAAUGCAUCCAAAAGUGAAAAUUUGAUCAUGACUGCGUCGAUGGUUAAUAGAUUGCCCUUAGAAUUUGGUUUGAGUUUGUACGAAGGAUUCGCUGUCGCUAACGGUGCUAAUUUGUUAGUGUCAGCUUUCACAGACCCUACUAGGUCUGGCUCUGGUAUAUUUUACAGUAACGGCACCAGCACCGUUGCCUUUAAUCCAGAAGAUGUUCCCGGAGGAAACGCUAGUCACGCCGUUCUCAUCCGCAGUGUUCCUGUGAAAGCUUCUAAACUAAAAGAGGUCAAUGUAAAUGCUGCAUAUGUUGGCACUAAACCAAUUACAUUAUCGAAUUUGCCAUUUACGGAUUAUGGAUUAAGCGACACCAGCAAAGUGUUAAAGAAGCAUUGUGUUGACAAAGCAAUGAAAAGAUGUUGCUCGUUUAGCGCUGAAAUUGAAGGAAAUUCAAUAGCUCCAUAUAAGUGGGUUGCACUGGUGAAUACAACCAUUCUUGACCAAGCUACCAACUCUUUGAUAUGCGCCAUUGCCCUUCCUUCAGCUAGUAUAGCCAAUGCCAUAAGUUUCAAGAAUCUUACGAUAUCCACCGACAUAGACAAGGCCGAGGUGCUUCUGUCCAUACCCGUAGGAUUGAACGACAAAUCUUUAUCAUCGGAUUUUCACUACAACGCUGACUCCCAUUCAAUCAUGUCAACCUCCAACGAUAAAAUCGUCGUUUUGGGUAUAAUAGAAAUUUUGGGAGGAACACCCACUCCAGCCCCAGGCACUGAAAAUCAAAAUAAACCAUCUUCUAAUGGUGUUGACCGAUUUGGGAAAAGAAGUGACCAAUACUGCAUGGGACUCUUAAUAUUUUAUAUUUCUAUAAGGUACUUAUUCAGUUUGUAAUUCUGUUUCUUAAAGUGAACUGCGUCCUUUGAUUUUCAGAGUUUUGUCAAACAUUUAUGAAUAUUUAAGUUAUUUUUUUAUUGGCUGACAGAUUUAAGCGUAUUGUUCCUUGACAAUAUACUUUAUUUUAAAUUAGUUCGUUCAGGGAGGUUUUGACACAGUAUAAUGCUAAAUAAUCAGUAGGGUCACCCGCGAAAAUACUUUGUUCUCUAUGUUCCACUUUGGUGACGGCGCAUCAAAAAUUUUAGUCCUUCGCGCAGAUGAAUGACAGCUGACAACAUCCUACGUAUGCCGUGAUUGGUCGUUAUCGUCUCGCUUUCAAAAUUGGAACCGUCAAAAUUCGAGAAUGAAUUAACUGAUUCUUUUAGCUUGUGAUGUAACUUAAGCUUGUAAAUUAACUGUGGUCUUCAUGAAAAUCUAUUAUCGAUAUCUUCUCUUCUUCGUUAUCGAUAUCUUCUUCGUUUUGUGUAGAUAUGACUGUGUCUGGUUUUCAAUGUGCCUACAGUAAGUUGUUCCAUCGUUUUCGGGGUCUUCCCACUGAUUCUAUUCGGGGUCUAUUCUGUAUAUAUGAUUAUAUUCGGGGUCUCUUCCUUUGUUAUCGCUUUUGAUGAUUUCAUCCAUGAUUUAAUUGAAAAGCAUAAGACUUAAUGAGUCUCCGCUGUCGAUAGUCUGUCUUAUUCCGCUGCCUAUGUCUAUAGGUUCUGUAAGUUGUCCAUGACUUCCAUUUUGUUGUUUUGGUAGAUGUUUUUAAUAGUUUUUAUGAUAUCUAGGGGGACUUCUCUAUUAUACAGAAGAUGGAUUACAUCUUUGAGUCUUACUCUGUCAAAUGCUUUCUUUAAGUCAAUCAGACAUAGAAAUGCUGGUCUAUUAUACUCUAGUGAUUUUUCAGUAAUUUGCUUUAUGACGAAUAUUGCAUCUGUACACGAUCUUCCAGUACGAAAACCCUGUUGUUCAUCUGCUAAACUUAUCCUCUGAUUCAUUACGUCUUGUAAGAUUUUAGUUGUAAGUUUUAGGGUAGUAUUUAACAAGUUGAUACCUCUGUAGUUUUCUGGCUGCUUUUUAUCUCCUUUUUUUGAAUAGCAGAAUUAGUUUGCUCGUUCUCCAUUCUUCCGGCAUUUUAUUGUGUUUUAUGACUUUGAUAAUUAAUGUUGUUAAUUCUUUUGUUAUUGCUGCUUCACAAUGUUUCAGUAAUUCGUUUGGUAUUCAGUCUUUACCUGCAGCUUUUCUGUUUUUCAGCUUUUAAAGUGUUUUUCGAACUUCCUUUGUACGUCCAUAUAUUAAUAUCUUCAUUUGUGGUAAUUUCUGGUGCUUCCGUUUCUCGCGUCAUUUGUUCUUCCCCUGCAUAGAGCUUUUUUAGAUAGUCAAUCAAUGUAUUCUUUUGUAUAUGUUUUGGUUCUUCCUUUACUUCAGUUCUUUGACCUCUUAUAAAGCGCCAUGUUUCCUUUUGCACACCAUAAAAAUCACGUUCCAUUACUCUACAAUGUAAUGUUACGAAUUCCAGGCAUUCGGAAAUGGCAGCAUUACAGUCAUAUUUUGCCCAUAAACCAUUUUGGAUUGACAUUUUUCGACUUUUUUAACACUCGUCCUUAGAGGGUUAAACUCCAUUGACCAUACUAAAGUAAACCACUGAUAAUGCUUAUCAGCGGAGAAACCUACUGAGCUGUAAACAAAAAUGAAUUUAAACAGUUUAUACUACAUAAUCUCAUAACAAAUUGCUUACAAGAUACCAUUAUACAAAUAUAGAUUAGUAUACUGUUACAAAUAUUUUCUUGAAUCAUAAUUUUAGUUUGCUAUCGAAAUAAAAAGAGUAAUUUAUUUCCAUAUAUUGAUAUAGAUAUAUAUUUUUAAGUAUUCACUUAAUUUAGAUCACCAAAUAUAUAUUUGAUUACUUUGAUAUCCAAAGAGAAUAAGAAAUAAUGGUUAAAGAAGAUAGUUGUACAAUUAUUAUUAGCAAAUAAGCCUACGUUUUGUUACUAUACUUAAUAGGAAUAAAUAUAAACGCAUAUAGAAGCACAUUUAAAAUGGGAGAAAGGAUCACGGUUAGUAUACUUCAAAAUACUCCAGUAGAUGGCGACUGCAUAAAAUUUAUUAUUUGUAGAUUUCUACUCAUUUAUAUUAAAAUUUGAAUCUCAAUAUUGUUUAUAAUUCUAAAAAUAUUCAGUUACCGAAAGAUAUUAAAAGUUAAAACAAAAAUGUAUUUUAUGCAAAAAAGUGUAGUGCAUGAGUAGGAUUUGGUCCCUAAUUUUCUAAAAUACAAAAAUUUAAGGCUAAGCAUUACUAGUCCCAACGUUUUCAGAAGCAAUAAUACCCAGACAACCAAAUAACGUUUACAAAACGUUGAAAAAACGUCAUAAUUAAAAUUGACGUCAUUUUUAUCACCUUUUAAAUACGUGAUAUCAAAAUCGUAGUUUUUACUCACUUGAGAAAAACUAAUGAAAAUCUCUUAAUCAACACGUUUCUUCAACUAAAUAUCUAAAUGAAAUGUCUUAUUUUAUCACACAAAGCACCUAAGACCUAAACAAUAAAUGAAACACUUCUUAUGGAAAUUGUUUGGAGUCGUAAGCAUUAAGUCUUUAAGCUCCUCCCAAUUUUGUGACGUCAGACUGUUAGACUUAGGCUGACUGAAAUGAAAACGUGUUUUUAGGCGUAUUUUAAAGUCAUUAAUCUUACGUAUUUAAAAUCACGUACAAAAGACGUUUAUACGAAGUAAUCUUCAAACACGUAUAUAUUAUUAUAUUCAACCAAAAACUGACGUUUCCUUGACGUUUUUGACGUCACGUGGUUGCCUGGGUAGUGUGCACACGGGGGAUGGUGCGGUGGUGAAGGAGAAUCACAUGAGCGCUCCCUGAUGUGGCAGAAAGAGAAGUAAAAAAGUAAAUUGUUCUCGCCCAGCAUAUACCAAAAAAUUACUUUGAAGUGUGCUUCUUUAUGCGUCUAUAGUCGUUGUUAAUAUUUACACGGUUUUCCCCUUGUUCUCUAUUACAAAAAAUAUUUUUCAGCAAGUAAAUGUUUUACUUAUAUUCAUAUUUAGAGUAACAGAUAUUUGUAAAGUCUGGUGCUUUAUUUUUAUAUGUAUUAUACUAGUCGGCACUAAUAAAUUAAUGUAAAUUUAA